GGCCGGGCGACGUCGCAGAAAACACUUGUUUGACGAUAACAAAGUUGAGAUAGCAAGCAUGGACGAAACUUCAAGAGGGUCUGAAGGCACAUUUUUGUAUUAUGGAUAUGGCAGUAAUCUACUGAAAGAGAGAAUUCACUUGAAAAAUCCGUCUGCUGUUUUUGUUGACGUCGCAGAAUUAAAGGAUCACAAGCUAUGUUUUGGAGGACAAAGCAAAUGGAUGAGUAAUAGAUGGCAUGGUGGUGUCGCUACUGUUGAAGAAAGGAAUGGGAGCUCUGUGUGGGGCAUAGUGUGGAGAUUGGAGGAAAAGGAUCUCGCAAGUCUGGAUUUACAAGAGGGUGAAGGCAUUGUUUACAGACGAAAGGAAGUAAUUGUGACAUCACAAGAUGGUACCCGUCAUACAUGUUGGACAUAUAGCAUGAUUGACUUUCAGGAGGGCACCCCUUCACCUCAGUACAUGGAUGUAAUCAGGAAAGGGGCCGAUCAAAACUCUCUCCCUCAGCAUUACCUGGAAUGGCUGAGAUCGAUUGAGGAUAACGGUUACAGCGGACAGGUGGAAAUCAUGAAUUUAAUCGAUUCCGAGAGCAGUGAUGAUACCUUCCUCUACUUUGGGUAUGGUAGCAACAUGUUGAAAGCCAGGAUUCAUGUACACAAUCCAACCGCACAGCUAGUUGGUCCAGCUAAACUUGAGGGUUAUAAGCUGUGUUUUCAUGCCUAUCCUGAUUGGAUAAGUUACUGGAAAGGUGCACCUGCUACUAUCAAGAAAGCUCCCGGUGAUCAUCUAUGGGGUGUAGUAUGGAGACUACAUAUAUCAGACCGAGAUCACCUAGAUAGUCAAGAAAGUGGAUACAGCGUCCUGGAUGUCACCGUGACAACACCAGAGGGCGGCAGUCAUGUCUGUCGCACUUAUCAACUUGAUAACGACGUAGAGGAGAUGGCUCCCUCACCGCAUUACAUGAAAGUUUUGAUUGAGGGCGCCAAACAAUCGCGAGUUCCUUCCUCUUAUAUUCAACGUCUUGAAGCGAUACCUCACAACGGAGAUAAGGAUCCCCCUCCUAUUAUGGCCACUCUCUUCAAAUCUACCACAUCUCAGUCGUGACCUGGGCCAGAAUAAUGAUAUUACAUAACUUUCUUUUAUGAUGCCUUACAUUUCCAUCUGCCCUAUCAGUGUCCUUCAAAACAUUGUAAGCAAUUUCACCAAUUUUAACCUGUUUAUACACGAUACACCAUAGACCUACAAUAGAUAUCAAUAUAAAUUAUAGGAAUUAUUUAUUUAAUUUCUAGGAAAUUGGAUUCUAUUAUAGAGAGUACUUUUCAAGAAUGUAGCAGAAUUUCAUGGGUAAAUCAUAUAUGGUACUUUUUUAUUUGUAUUGUGAACUAAUCAGUGAUGUUAUUUUUUGUUUGCUUAAUAUUUGAGUUAAAGAAAAUGUACUUAGAUGCCUUAGAUGGACAUUAGGGAAUCUAGGUUAGUCUUUGCUAUUCUUGUUUUCAAUUUUUAUUGGCAUUCAUGCCAUAUUUUUAAGAAGCAUUCCAGUAUUAUGUAGGUACGGUUAGUCAAUUUCAUUUGCUGGUACAUGGAGAAACAAAAAUGUUUUGUAAAGAUAUGAACGAAUUAGUUUUUAAUGAUCUAUCAUAAUAAGUAAUGCAGGUAUCUGGCAGAGAUAUACUAGCAUUCAGUAGUGAUGUUCAGUUCAUUGUAAUAAUUGAUAUGUUCCCACUCGCACAAAGAUAAGCUUCUCCAAAAUCCUUGCUGGAUGGGAGUGUGCAGAUUAAAAUAAAUUAAAAAUGGAAGUAGGACUUAGUUGGCAAUCCAUUCUUUUUAUGAAAUCAUUGCCUAAAAGAAAAAUGAAAUAUCUGAAAAAAGGCAUGAUUAAAGUACAAAAUUAUGGACAAGUUACAUGAAAAUUGAGGACUUCUGAAAAAUAAGCUCACUAAAUCUGCAAUUCUAUACUUGGCUGUUGGGUAGGUCAACAAAUGAUAGGUGGAUGUCUUCCAUUUGUCAUGUUUAUUCAUUGUACUUACAU